AUGUAUACAAGGUGCAGUGACCGCAUCAAGGAAAGGAGCACACCCAUCACCUCGAACUUCACCUGGUCGCCCACCUGCCAUCCUGCAUGGCCCUGUGACACACAACAGCUCGAGUCAGGAACAAGCUCGGCCUCAGUGACGCUGGCCAGCGCCCUGCAGGUCAGAGGCAAAUCUCUGUCGGAGGAGGAAAUCUGGUCCCUCUUGUCGCUAGCUGUGGAGAGGCUCCUGGAGGACCUCAGCAAUGACUCCUCGGACUAUGUGGUUUGCCCCUGGUCAGCCCUUCUUUCUGUGGCCGGAAGUCUUUCUUUCCAAGACCACGUUUCUCACGUAGAGGCUGCUCCUUUCAAGGCCCCCGAGCUGCUACAGGGACAGAGCAAGGAUGAGCGGCCAGAUGCAUCGCAGAUGCAUGUCUUUUCCCUAGGGAUGACCCUCUACUGGGCUGCAGGAUUCCACGUCCCGCCAAGCCAGCCCCUGCAGCUCUGCCAACCGCUGCAUGCCCUGCUGCUGGCCAUGUGUGAGGACCAGCCCUGCAGGCGGUGCCCACUGCACACCAUCAUGGAAGCCUGUCAGGCCCACCAGGAGGAGGUGGCUGCACACUCAGCUCUUGCCAGCCUCCACGUGAGGCGGCUGGUGGGCUUGGUUCUGGGAACCAUCUCUGAGGUGGAGGAAGAUGACUGCACACAGCAGAGCAGAAGCUACCUUCUCAGGAAAAGGCUGCAGUCACAGAGUGGCGAGAGCCCCAAGGCCCGGGCCCUGGACUGUGUGCAGCCCUGCAGAGUUUCAGAGCAAAGUGCAGAGAUGCAGAGCCCCCGGGAGUCCCACUGGAGCAGCUCAGCACAUAGCCACUACCUCCUGUUUGAGAACAGCGCUCUUGUAGGUACAGCACCCCUCAGGCAGCAGGACAGCCAGCAGCUCAGCUUGGGGUCUGUGUUCCUGGCAGAAGCAGAAAGAUCACGGCCAGUGACUGCCCAGCAGAGGUUCCUGCAGAGGAAGGGAAAGUUCUCCAGGCAUGAGUUCCUCCUGCUGGCUGAUGAGGCCCCUGUGAUGCUGCUGCCAGGAUCAGUUGUGACGAAAAAGGGGAAAUCUUACUUGGCUCUCAGAGACGUCUGUGUGGUCCUGCUGAGUGGGCAGUGUCUGCAGGUGAAAUGCGAUGUCAAGUCCACAGCAGUGGACUUUGAUGCCAUCACAUCCUUUGCCAACCGGGAAGUCAGCUACUUUGGCUUGGCUUAUGUGAAAGGCAAUGAGUUCUUUUUCCUGGACCGUGAAACCAGAUUGUGUAAAAUAGCUUCUGAAGACUGGAGGGAGCAGCCCCUGAAGACCUCCACUGACACCUUCACACUCUUUCUGCGGAUCAAGUUCUUUGUCAGCCACUGUGGGCUACUUCAGCACAGCUCGACCCAGCAUCAGUUCUACCUGCAGCUUCGUAAGGAUGUUCUGGAGGAGAGACUGCACUGUGAUGACGGGACACUGUUGCAGCUGGGUGUCCUUGCCCUGCAGGCUGAGUUUGGCAGUUACCCAAAGGAGCAGGCAGAGAAGAAGCCAUAUUUUCGAGUUGAAGAUUAUAUCCCUGCCACUCUUAUCACAAGGAUGACCACUCUCCGAGUCCAAGUAGAAGUCUCAGAGAUGCACCGGCUCAGUACUGCCCUGUGGGGAAAGGGUGCAGAGCUGGAGUUCUUGAGGGUCACUCAGCAGCUCCUGGAGUAUGGCAUUCUGGUUCACCGGGUAUUUCCAAAGAAGAAGAGGCUGGAAGGGGAGAUGGCCUUGGGGGUCUGUGCCGAAGGUGUCAUUGUAUACGAAGUGAAAAACCAUAGCAGAAUUGCAACUUUAUGGUUUCCAUGGAGAGAAAUUGGGAAGAUUUCGACCUACCCAAAGAAAUUCUCUGUCACCAGCAGCAUCACUGGGAAAAAGCACACGUUUGCCACGGAUUCAGCCAAGACCUGCACGUAUUUACUGGGCCUCUGCUCUGCCCAGCAUGGCUUCCACGCGCAGACGGGCUCUGGGCAGCCUCCCUGCCUCCUGACUGAAAAGGGAAAGCUCGUGCAAUCAGCCAGUUUGAGUCCUGUCCAACAGGCCCAGUCAAAGCCUCUCACCUGGAUUGAGAGACUGUCCGGCUCAGAAAAGAAGCUGUUUGCACCCAGGGUUCAGGAUGCCACAGGAAGCCUGCUGGGUGAGUCGCUGGAGAACUUCAGCAUGAAUGGCACCAAGGAGACCAGGGUAGAAGGGAUUGGAGGCAGCCCCUACACUGGCCAGGAGCAGCAGGACAGUGCCUGUUCAAUCCAGAAACCAAUGACCUGGGACCUUCUCUUGCAGCCACCUGUUCAAAGCAUACACUCAGGGCCACAGGAUAACAGGAGAGAGCCCUUCACUGCUCAGCCGGGUCAGGAACUCGUGCACGUGGUGCUGAAGCGUGACACACACUGCGGCUUUGGUUUUGCCAUUAAUGAUGGAGAAGAUGUAGGCCAAAUGAACCCUGGUAUUUUUAUAUCUUCUAUUAUACCUGGAGGACCAGCAGCAAAAACUAAGACCAUCAAACCAGGAGGACAGAUCCUUGCCUUGAACCACAUCAGCCUGGAGGGCUUCACAUUCAACAUGGCAGUCAGAAUGAUUCAGAAUUCUCUGGACCACAUAGAGCUCACCAUUUCCCAAGCUGAAGGUAUUUGUAGAAAUGCCCCCAGGAAAGAGAAGGACAGCACGGCCAGUUGUGGCACCUUCUCUAAAGACAUCCUGAGUGGCAGGCACCAGGGACGUUUGUCAUCACACCCACAAGACCAGGACAGAGACCCUGAGGAGCGGGAAAUGGCCCAGGCAGAAAGCCCCAUGUUUUGGCAGAGUCCUCAGGGCUCACCUCUGCCAGUGAAGGGUGCUGCUGGUUCUUCUUCCCUUCUAUCACCUCUGGAAACCAAUGCAGGUGAAAUCUACUUUGUGAAGCUUGUUAAAGAAGAUGGAACACUUGGAUUCAGUGUGACUGGUGGCAUCAACACAAGUGUGCUCCAUGGAGGAAUCUAUGUGAAAUCCAUCAUUCCUGGAGGCCCAGCUGCCAAAGAAGGGCAGAUCCUGCAGGGUGACUGGCUCCUGCAAGUGGAUGGAGUGAGUCUGUGUGGUCUCACCCACAAGCAGGCUGUGCAGUGCCUCAAGGGUCCUGGGCAGGUUUCAAGGCUGGUGUUGGAGGGAAGAGGCCCUAGCAUGGCACAGCAGGGUCCUUCUGCUAAUGACAGGAUGGGAGAUGAACACGCUGUGGUUACCUUGGUAACAGCCCUGCCUGGCAGGCCCGUGAGCUGUGUCUCAGUGACAGAUGGUCCUAGGUUUGAAGUCAGGCUGCAAAAGAACACCAAUGGCCUGGGGUUCAGCUUCGUGCAGGUGGAACAGGGCAGCUGCAGCCUCCUCCAGAGUGACCUCAUUAGAAUUAAGAGACUCUUUCCAGGGCAGCCAGCCCAAGAGCAUGGGGCCAUUGAGGCUGGUGACAUCAUUCUGGCGGUGAACGGAAGGCCCACAGAGGGCCUUGUUUUCCAGGAGGUGCUCAAUCUGCUGAGAGGGCCUCCCCAGGAAGCCGCACUGCUCCUUUGCCGACCGCCUCCAGGUGUGCUCCCUGAGAUGGAGCCAGCGGGGAAGACACCCAUGGACAAAGAAUUUACCAAGGCAAUGUAUACAGACUCAGAGAAGAGCCCCAGCCUGGAACAGGAGGACAGCUGGAGAGACAGCACCUCUCCAGAUGCAAGGGAAGGCCUGGCUCUCGGAGAGGCACAAGGGAGUCAAGACGGGGACAGACCCUGGGCCAGGUCCUUGGCACUUGCCCUGGAGUCCCAUCCUCACUUAUGGCAUUGUCACCUAGAGACAGAGGAGCCAGCCCUGGCUACCCCUUUGGAACAGGACAUGAGGCAGAACUGCUAUUCUGUGUGUGACAUCAGGAGACUUGGCAGAUUCUCCCUCUCAUCCUCUCUAACUAGACUUGUGACAUAUUUUCUGAGCACCCCUGUGCAGGUGAACACAGAGUGCCAGCCAGUCUCCUGGGGCAGGACCUUCGGGUUUCUGAAUGACAUCCCUUUGGUGGAAGAGACCUCAAAUGAUUUUGGUCCAGAGAAUGUGCCCACCGACUCUGUCACCAGGAAAGAUGAUGACCUGGGAUGGAGCUACUGGCCCAGGUGUUAA